AUGGACACCGAUGGGUUUUCUGCAAUUCAGUUUGUGGCUAAGGAUAUGAGAAUGGGUAGAGGUAUUGCCCUAAAACUUAAAGAUAAACUUAACAUCGAUACUGAAGCACUAAAGAAGAACUGUGAAGUGUCAGACAUUCCGAACUGGAACGACUUUAAAAGAACUGUCAAAAAGCUUCCAGAGACAUGUGGUAGGCUCAAUAUAGAUAAGCUAGUUAUGCCGAAGAUUGAAUGUGGUCUUGAUGCCUUCAAGUGGCCAAAUGUAAUGAAGGUCCUCAAAUCUGUGUUCUAUGACAGCAACAUUGAAAUAUAUGUGCUGUGUAAUGACAAAGAUGAAGAGCCAAUGUAUGUGAGAAGAAGUAAAGACGGCAAAAAGAAAAAAGGAAGGUCACAACUGAAGUAA